AGUUUGCUUUGAGCUCUUUGAGUUUGCGCAGGUGUCGCUCGCAAGUUCCGUGAUCGCGAAGUGGAAGUGCGGUGCCGGCGUUUUAAUUUAACGGGCGCCGUGAAUCAAGUCCAUACUAAUUAUAACUAGUACAUAAAUAUCUGAACAACAAAAGAAAAACAAAAAUAAGUACAAAAAUGCUGCAGCAAUGCACCAUAAAGGCGCCCAAUGGCGCCUUAGGCUUAAAUUUGAGUCGUGCACCUUGGGACCCGUAUCCGUGGGUCAGCGGUGUGCAGGCGGAGUCGAAUGCGCAGUUGGGCGGCGUUUGCAUUGGUGACACACUGCUGCAGCUCAACGGCCGAGAUGUCCUCGGCAUGAGAAUCAGCGAGCUGGCCACGCGACUACGCGAACAUUGGCUCUCUGGCGCUGACCAGGUCACCCUGAUGAUGUGGCGACAGGAGCCCAGCCCCGGCUUAACUGCCGCCACAGAUGAUCCCAUGGAGGCGGCGCACGCUGUGCAGCAUGGAAUUAAUCAACAGUCACUGCAAAAGUUUGCAACAUGCCUGCAACAUAUUGCCCAACUACUGGAGUGUCCUGUUUGUUGUGAGGUUAUUAAACCACCCAGCUGGCAGUGCUGCAAUGGACACGUACUUUGCAAUAAUUGCCGUAACCGGUCUGUAAAGUGUCCCGUUUGCCGAGUGCCGCUGGGACCACGGGGACGCUGCCUGCUGUCGGAUAACUUAUUCACGCUGCUGGCCGAGAAUUUCCCCUGUGAUGGUGUGAAGACCAGCAAAACUACCGAUGUGGCCAACAACAGCAACAGCAACAGCAACAACAACAGAAGCGGCGACAAAUGCACAAAUGAAUAUCAUAAUCAACCAAAAAUGGCACUGGCCAAAUCAAAUACCAGCAAAAAGUCAAGAAAAACAGCUAGACAGAUGCAAUCCGCAGUGAUUUCAGUUAUGAAUGAUGCUGCUGAUGUGGAAGGAGUUGCAGCCGGAGCUGGAGCAGAAGCAGAGACAGGACUAGAGAAGGAGCUGGAGCUGGAAAUGGAGUGCGUUAGGCAAGUUUCGGGCAGGCCGGAGGGAAAUGUCCAAAGUGUGCAAAUACUAAAAAAUAAUGUCAACGUUGCAGCCCAGCGACAGCAGCAGCAGCAGUGCAACAACAACAUUAGCAACAGCAGCAGCGGCAGCAGCAGCAACAGCAGUAGCAACAAUAUGCUCGUUAAACCAAAGUUAAAGUUGAGUAAGAAAAGUUGGCAGAUUACAGGCCGAGAUCAAGACGAAUUGCACAGCGAUGAAGUUGCAAACAUAAAUAAUGGCCAACAGCGUCUGCGAGUGGAGCGGCAGGUGUUGCAGCCAGGCAAAGGCCAACAACAAUAUUAAAAUUAUCAUUGCACGACUGGGAAAUCAUGCAGCAGCAACAGCAGCAGCAGCAGCAGCAGAAACGCGGCAAAACUUUGCAACAAAUUGUCAACCGUCAAAAAAAAAAAAUAGACCACGGAGUCUGCGGUCAACGAAAAGCGCUUGUGGCAGAGUGUUGCAGCCACUGAAAUUACUUCGGCUGUUGCUGCUGCUGGUAUUGCCACAGACAACAGCAACAAUAAUGCGGCAAUCUUAUCAGCAGUCAACCAAAUAGAGGAGAGCAGCGCACAGCGAGCAAAGUUCUUUAGCGGGUCAUCAAUAAAAUGUCAGCUGCACUUUUGUGGCACUUUCGGCAUGUCCAGUUGGGGCCACAACAGACGCAGGCUUCUCUCCGACUGAGUGGGACACACACACACACACACACACACAAAUUUUGAGGCUGAGGCUGACAACUAUGCUAUAUUCGUGUGGCAAGUGGCGGGGGCACAGCAAAUGGAGGCGCAACACUUUCAGACCAUCAUCGAGUCGGAAUGCAGUCAAGUCAAGUGGCUUGGCACCGCUCAGCCACAAACACGCAGCUGACAGGAGACCAGCGCCACCGGCGAAUGUCUCACAUUGUCCAACACGGCGAGGAACUGCUGCACCGCCUUUGAAAUUAUUAUGUAUUAAGAGAAAAUAGCAUUCCAACUGAUAUUAGUAGAUAAAUAGGCAACAACAAAUACUGUACUGAUUUUUAGCUAAUAAAUAGAGUGGAAUAAAACCGUAUGCAAUAUACAAAU